AACAAUAAUGCUUACUCACCUAUUAACCAUGCACCGAGCCUCUCGCUAACCCACCCCGCUUGUCACAGGUAUAGCCGGUAUAACCACAGACGCUAACACCCUUGAAGCCUUAUCGACAAGCAAAAGAAGCACUUACGACUAUCCCCGUACUGCCAAUUUCGAAAACACCAUAAAAAAAUUCGAUUCCAACGAAAACUUUAAUGUAAAUGACACGAAAAUACACCCCAAAUGUAAAGUUAGUUUGACGACAAAAAUGACAGAUAAAUGCGAUGCCUUGGAUCUUCAUCAAGGGCAUUCUAGUAGUCGCUCGAGUCUGUAUUCUAUACCUUCAAUAGAAUGGGACGGUAGAUGCAAAUCAGAUUUCGGUUUUCGUACCAGAUCUCUGCCGAGGCAGCGUAGAAAUUCCGCUCAAAAGCUUUACAGAACGCAGUCGCAUAGUGGCUUUAUAAAUUUCGCAAAAGACCCAGAGCCUACCCAUUUCCAUUUGCCGCGCUGUCGCUCGUGCGGCGCGACUAACGCUUCUUACACGUGGGAAUUGACAAAAGAGGAAAAAUCUUGUAGGAAAGCACCCGGUUCUUUAUAUAUGUCCGUUGAUAAUUUACCACAACGCUGCAUCGACGAGAACAAAGCGACCCGAGUAUCCGAAAAAACCAUCCCGGUUUUCAAAAUCGCGAAGCUUGAUACCGAUUUUGUCGAAAGCCAAGAGUUUAGUGAAGACAACUAUUUGGGAGAUCUCAACAGUUUCUCAUCUGACAACCAGACUGUUAUUGAAAAGAUUGAAGCCAGUAGCCGACAAGACGUCACAGUUACUGAAGUAACAGUAAAAAGUGACACUGAGAUUGUAAAAACUGAUGAAAAUGUAGCAAAACAAGGAGCAGACGAUGAUCUUUAUCGAGCAGAAUGUAUUCCUGUUGUAGAUGACAGAGGAGAGAUAAAUAACAAUUCAAUAGACUCGAUAGAAGGAGAAUAUCACAGUUUUACAGACGAUAUGGGUUUUGAUGAAGCUGUGUAUGAAAGUCCUGUUAAAGAACUCGUCGAGAAAGAUAUCAGGGACUAUUCAGUGCCUAUAGAUUGUUAUUGUGAAGACUAUAAAAAGGACAGUCCAGGAAAAUCACCACAGAAACGAUUAGGAACUGAGAAACCGACGGUUUUAGAACCUAUAUUAGAAGAAUCUAAGAGUUCGUACGACGAUUCUGGGAAUAUGUCCGGAGAGAAAAUUGACUUGAAGUCCGAUAAAGAAACCUCAGUUCAAGGUACAGACUUUGAACACGAUUUAGGUAAAGCCAAAGAAAUGAAAGUGGAAACAAAAGAAAAUGAAAAAAAUAGAGAAGCUGAAGAACUAAGAGAAAUAGACAACUCAACUCAAACUCACAACAUGGAGAGCGACGACUGCUCAGACUCGGACGAACUGGAAGACUUCGAAUCAGACGAAGAAAUCCCAGAUGAAAAACAGCAAGUCGACAUUCCGUAUCACAAUAAACCGAAGAAAUCAGAAAAUGUAGCGCACCAUGUUAUACAAGACCUGUUUACUAGAGCAGAGGCAGCAGUUGAACUUAAAAGUGAAAUUACUGAUGGGAACGCUAAGAAAGUCACAACUGAUGCUUUACAAACUGAAUACGUACACAGAGAUAGUUAUUUUGCAGCGGAAGAAGAAUCUGACAUAACAACGAACGAGACAGAAAGUGUAAGCAACGUCGUACAGACAGCUGUGGAUAUUUAUUGUAUAGACGAAGAAGAAGUAGACCACGCUAUAGUCGAUAGUGUUUACAAUAAUGUCUUUGAAAUACUGUCAACUGAUGCCAUAAGUACCGAAACUAAAAGAGGAAGUUCUGUCGACUAUAGUAUCAGCUCAACAGUAGAACUGAGAAGCUUCGAUUCGACGGCUGAAUUUGAAAAAUAUGAAGUCAUAGCGGACGUUGUUACUUCGCUAUUGAAUAAGAUUGAUUUUCAAAGUGAUAAUAAGGAUGUGUACGUAAACCUGCCAAAGCAACAUGUUGGAAGUCAUUUUGAUGAACAGAAGAAUCUGGAAGCAGCAGAAGAACUAGAAAUUGAUGAAAUUCGUGAUUUGAAAGCUGCAAAUUCUUUUACUAAUCAAAAUGAUGCACAUGAAAAUAUGGACGUUGAAAGUAAUGAACCGAAACAGACCUUUGAAACUACAAAUGACGCAAGAAGUGAUGUUCGUUGUGAAGAACAUAAAGGCGAUAAUUUUAAAGACGUUGAUAAUAUUCAGACCGAUGAAAAACCAACAGGCUACGUAGAAUUUUCAAUGGCAAAAUUCAUGCAUACUCUACCGGAAAAUGACGAUUACUCCAAAAUGAAUGCACAAAAUGAAUUUCAAUUUGACUACGACACGAGUAAUGAUUCAGAAAAUUACGGUUCAGCGGAAGCAUCGCUUUCAAUAGCAAAAGAAGAAAAUAUUGACACUAUAAGUGAACUAGUUGACCCAAAAGAACAGAUAGAAAAUAACAAUGAUAUACAAGAAAAUAAACAAGAUAUAAACGCUAAACCGAUUCACACUUUACCUGAAGACGCCCAUGAAAAUGUUCAAAAUAGCAAUGAGCAAAGUGAGUCAACGGAAGAUUCAAACAAUAACAGUAAUUUACAUAUCACAGAAGACUUUUCAAUUGCAAAAAUCAUUCAAGACAUUGAACUUAAUGUUAAUCUUAAUGAAACUGUACUGACAGAUGCUAGCGAUACAGAGUUAUCUCACACACAUAAAAUUAUAGAAGGUAUCCUUUACUACAUUUUUGAUCAGGCAUUCUUUACUUUGAAGGAUAAAGCCAAAGCGCUCAAAGUGCAUAAGAAGGUUGUAACUGUUGUGGCUGAUGCAGAAGACAUUCUGCUUACAGCAGCACCCGCCUUACUAGGACAUAUCUCGAUAGAUACAGACGAAAAUAUUAUAAAACCUACAGAAAAAGUCUUUAACGCCGAGCAAAAUUACUUCGACAAGGACAGAUGUCUAGAAGAAAUAGAGUUGUGCCUAAAUACUAUUGUAAAAGAGCAGGAUAACAUUAAUUGUAUCUCUAAUUUAGAACCGAUUACAGUUGAAACUGUUGAUGAAAGUCAAAUUGUUAAAGAAAUGCACACACGAAACAAUACAAACGACGAGAAUGAUGAUAACGAUAUGAAAGUGUCGGCAAACAGUGAAACAGAAUUUCCUGUCUUUCAUAAAGAGAUUGAAACAGCUUCAGACAUUCAUCAAUCUACUUUCAAUAAAGAAAUGACACCGAUGACUUCAGAAAUUAAAGCUGAAGACAAAGAUAAAAUUGAAAAUAUCCCAGAUACAAAGAUAUCGACCGAUCUCGAGGCAGACACGCCUGCACUUGCAGAAAUCGUAGUUAAAGAAACAAGCAGAAUUCAAUUAUUAGAUAGUGAUCAAUCUAGCACACUUGAUGAAAAAAAGGACCCUGUGAUUACAAUUCAAGAUGUCAACAUUGAAAAUGAAGGCACAAUUAACAAACUUGAAGACAUAGAAAAGCCUGCAAAUUUAGAUACAGACAUUUGUAUACAUGAAGUACCCGAUUAUAUCGAUGCCUCAGUCAGUUGCCAUCAAAUGGAACAGAUCGAUCUGAUCAAAACUUCAGAUAUAGGCAUUGACGCCGAUGAUUUAUUAACAUCAGAAAAUUGUACACAGUAUGAUGAAAAGUCUGCAAUAGCUGAACAUAUUGACAUCAAUUCAGAUGCUAACAACACAGUUAAGUUCAACAAAAAUGAGUUUCUAAACAUUUUAGACGACGAAGUUUAUGCAGCGGAGUGUGCUGAAAAUACAACAGCUUUAGAUGUUACCCACAACAAUUCCACUCUUCAAGAUGACGAUUUCAAUACUGCGUCUCAAAAUAUACACGAGGAAAGCGUAGAUGUAGCUUCAGCCAUAAUGGCACACAUGACUGAGGUUCUAGAGCUGUCUAUACCUUACGACCCUGAAAGAGAAGCCAUUGAAGAGCAUAAUAUUAACGAAACGUUUAUUCUAGAGAAUAAAGAUAUGAAUACUGCGUUCUUGGAAUACAGCAGAUCGUCUUCACCGAACAGAGAGACGUCCAUUUUUGAAGUGUGCACAGAAUCGCCUAUAAGGAACCCUUCAGACACUUUUAUUGGAGAAGAUCUAAGCGUUUUAUAUGAGAAAGAUGACACGUUACUCGGUUCGCCGUUUGUCAAACAGGGGUCGGUUAUAUCUAUGUCUCAAACAGUACAUAGCGGAGGCAUUAAAUAUUGGGUCUCCUUCGAUGAUAGCCUCACGGAAGUCAAAGAAAAACGAACAUUUAAAUCUUUACGAAGAUCUAAAGAAAACAGCUUCCCAAGUUUUGUUACUGUCGAUUUUAAUAGCAAAGAUACAAAGAAUGUUGAAGAGGAAUAUGUAGACGCGUUCCAGAUAGACACUUUUAAACGACGCAGCGUUUUGAAUUUCAACCAAUCGGAAGCGAGUAAUUUGAAAAUGGAUGAUCUCAGGCACAAUUUCAACCAAUCGCAACGCGAUAAUUCGAAAGUGGAAGAGUCUUUCGCAUCGUGCACGUCCACAGAUUAUAAUACGUGUGAAUCGGGGCAAAAUUCCAAAUUGGAAUCGAGUGAGCUUCAAAAGAAGUUGCUGUACGAUUCUCGUACGGACUUACACACAACAUCUGUCAAACGCCAAUAUGCUAGUUGGCCGCCGUUCGAAGAUACAUUAUUUUACAGAAUAAUUUCGAAGUUUAGGAUGUCCGAAAGUUUUGAUCCUAGUGAUUUUGAACAUAUACAAAUUGAUUAGUUAUAGGCGUCAAGAAUCAUGCGAUUUUCAUACGAAUUUAAACUGGAAACUAGGGGGUUAAAAUGGCCACAUCGACGCAAUUCAUCUAAGAAAGCAAUAUUGCUAUUUGACAUUUGUUUGCAUUGCGCACUCACUUUUAUAUGCGCAAAUGUCAAAUUGCCAUAUUGCUUUUUUACAGCUAGCGUUUUCCAGAUAACUUAUUAUGGUAUAUACCAAAAAAGUAAUAAGGGUUAAGGUUAUCCCGUCGGACCACAAUUUACAUUUUUAUUGAUAUUUAUUAUUGAAUACAGAACACGGUAAAGUAUCAUUUAAUAUUACGCGUAAAAUUGGCAUUCGGGAAUGGU